GGAUCUCUGGAGCUGACGCUCAGCCUUUUCGACCCACCCGGAUUCCUCUUGGACUAGCACUGGGAGGAAGGGGACCGCUUUCUGAAGUUGGCCUGGACUCUAGCUGCCUAGAAGACCUGUCGUCUUUGUUUUUAAGUCUGGAGAAAUGGAAGAAGACGGCGAAGUCCGAAGAAACCAUUGCGAAAUUUGAAGGGGCAUCCUGAAAACCUUCACUCCCUGGCCCCGUGUUUGUUUCACCAGCCGGAAUUCUUCCCUUUUUGGUGUGUGGUGCUCCCCCCCCCCCAUGUGGACUCCAAAGGAUUUGGCCCUUCUUUGUCAUUUGAAAUGAAAUGAUGGCUACACGUCGGACUGGUCUGCCUGAGGGAGAUGGUGACAAGCUCAAGGCCUGUGGGGUCCUGGCCUCGGAGGUAUCAAAAAAUAAAGAUGGGAAAGAAGAAAGUGAAACUGUAUCACCGUCCGAAGAUGAAACAUUCUCCUGGCCAGGUCCCAAAACAGUCACGUUGAAAAGAACAUCUCAAGGCUUUGGUUUUACAUUAAGGCAUUUUAUUGUUUAUCCCCCCGAGUCUGCAAUUCAGUUUUCCUAUAAGGAUGAAGAAAAUGGAAAUAGAGGAGGAGGUAUGUUGUAA